AUGCCUCAAGAAUACUAUCACGUUUACUCGUUGCCGAAGGAGAUCCUUGAGACCCUCACACCCCGACAUCUCUGGCAAGAUCCUGAGCGUGCGCCAUCGCCACCCGCCAAAGCACCACCAUCCACCGCUCAAGUCGACGACGCCACCGGAGCGGCCCCAGGAAUCGGUAGCAAAACAUGCAACAUCUGCCUCGGCGCCGCCUUCGCCGAUCUCGAUGAGCAACGCGCGCACUUCCGCAGCGACUGGCACCGGUACAACGUGAAGAUGCGCCUGAACGGGCAGCAGGCCGUGGCGGAGGAAGACUUUGGGGCGUUGGUCGAUGGUCUCGACGACUCCAUCUCCGGAAGCGCAUCCUCGUCAUCGGAAGAUGGAGGGUCGGACUCGGACGCCGUGGACACCCUCAUGUCUAGACACAGAACGCGACGAUCAUCUUCCCCGUCUGCUCCCCGCCCCAACAUCCCCCAAACCGCACUCGUAUGGUUCCAUUCCCCGCCCCAAACCCAACUCGGGAUAUACAAGAGGCUCUUCCCACUUCGCGCUCCUCCGGAAUCGUACUUGGACGAGCUGAAGGCGAUGCAACGCAAUCACGGCGAACACGGACGGACGUGGGCCAUGUUCAUGACAGCCGGCGGCCAUUUCGCGGGGUCGAUCGUCAGAGUCAGUCAUCCGGACGAGGACCCGGACGCAGUGGAGGAAGGGGAGAGACAAGGAGCGGACGCAGAAGAUGGUGGAGGCAGACGGAAGAAGAAAAUCAAGGUCAAGAAGCCGAAACCUGAGGUGGAAAUACUGAAGCACAAGACCUUUCACCGUUAUACCACGCGUCGAAAGCAGGGUGGAUCGCAAUCCUUGAACGAUCAAGCGAAAGGAAACGCGAAAAGUGCCGGCGCGCAGUUACGCCGUUACGGCGAGCAGGCACUGGCUGACGACAUUCGAGCCCUGCUGCUAGAAUGGGCAGAAGACAUUGACGCGUGUGAGCGCAUAUGGAUACGUGCCAGCACCUCCAACCGCCGCAUAUUCGUCGACUUCGAGGGUUCUCCCAUUGCCAAAGGCGACGAUCGUUUACGAACUUUCCCCUUCCCCACGCGUCGACCAACACAAGCAGAGAUCUCUCGCUGUCUCCUCGAACUCACCCGGGUCAAAGUCUCUCACCUUACCGAAGACAUACUUCGCGCUCAAGACGAAGCUUAUCUCGCCUCUAUCGCUCCCAAACCCAAACCCGUGCCAGCCACUGCACCGGAAAAGGCAGCCAUCCCGGUCAUCUCAGCGCCGAAACGUACCGCGGAGGAAGAGGCCCUCAAGGACAGGUGGCUACGUGCCGUGGAGAUGAUACGCAAAGGCAGGCUUGACCCGCUCAAGGCAUUCCUCGAACGUGGCAGCGGCAACCUGGGCCAGAACGGGGUGAACGCCCUCAUGCCGGACUGGAUCGCGCAAGAGGCCGGAGAGAGGGGCCGGACGCUACUGCAGGUCGCUGCGCACGCCGGGCAGGAAGAUGUUACGCGCUGGCUGCUCGAGGACGCGAAGGCGGACCCGACUGUCCCAGGCGUGCUAUCCGACGCGUCCGAUGCCCCGCCGUCGCGACCAGCUGGGGCAGCCCGUACCGCGUAUGAUCUUGCACGCACCCGCGGGGUUCGGAACGUCUUUCGACGCUGUGCCGCUGCGCACUCGGACUGGUGGGACUGGCACGGGGCCGGACACGUCCAGAGCGCGCUGACGAAGGAGAUGGAGGACGAGCGGGGCGAGAAGAAGAAGGCGCGGCGCAAGGGUCUGAAGGACAAGAUCCGGGAGAGGCAGGCGAAGGAAGGGGCAAGUGGAACGGAGGAGCCGGUUGCGCCGCCCAAGGUAGAGGUGGCAGCGAAGACGAAAGUGCAGACGCUGGAGGGCCCGCGGAGGCUUGGGGGCGUCGGUGGCGGGUCGGAGAGUGUUGCGGGCCUGACGCCUGAGAUGAGGGCAAAGGUCGAGAGGGAACGGAGGGCAAGGGCGGCUGAGGCUCGUUUGAAAGCGCUGUCUCGCUGA